AUGCCCGUCGUCGAAGUUCCUGCCGACCUCAUCGGCUCGUCUGGCCUGUACAACAGCACCGACCCCCUGCUGCGCCGUCUCCGUCUGGAAGACCAGCAGGGCUCGCCCAUCACCGACGUCGCCAAGACGUUCAAGGACGUCGAGGUGCUCAUCAUCUACGCCGGCAGUGCCGAGGGCGCCAACAACGUCGUUGAGCUGCACAAGAACCUCAACCACCUGAUCAAGCAUCAAAAGUCCGCUGCAGUCAUCUACUGCUCGACCGACGUGGACGCCAAGCUCGCGCUGGCCGUCACUGCCAGCCAGCCAUGGUACCGCAUGACGUUCUUUGACGACUCGGACUUUGCCCCUCUCGCCCAGGGAGCUGCUGAGGUGACGGAUGUCUCGCGUGGAGAGGACUUUGUUCACGCCGGUGAAAUCGAGGUCGAGGCCGAGGUCGUCCCCUUCGGUACCACCGAGGACCCCCAGGAUUAUGUCCGCCCCCUCUCGCGCGCGGCUGUUGGCAUGACCAUUCGCGCUUACGCGACCCCAAGCAUCGCCAUCUACAACAUUCCCAAGCACCGCUUCCUGGCAUACAACGUUCGCGACCGCGCCUUUUUGCCCGAGCGCGUGCCCAAGAACUACUACGAGUGGAAGCAAGGUGCCCCCGAGAGCUUCAAGAUCUGGGACUUGGUCCACCACAUGCGUUACCAGAUCAUCGCGCUUGUCCUCUUUGCCCUUUACCAGCUUUUGAUCUUUGUUGGUGGCGAGGAGUACAACUUCAUCCCCGGUCUCAUGGACCAGCUGUCGUGGCGCAUGCGCCAACUGGGUGCGCCCAUCGAGGCCCCCACGCAGCUGUCCGACUUGGCAUCCAAAGCUGCCGACCUUGCCGCCGAGGUCACAGGACACGUCGAGUUGGCUUAA